CUAGUUUCAGGCUGGCGUUUCAAGUGCAGCAGAGGCUGCGGUGGUCACAGGCAUAGAGCGAGCUAUGUGCACUGACACCUCGGCCAUGAGCACUGCUGAAUGGCUCUGAUACAGCAGGAUCUGAUUCUUCUGGUUUUCUGAUGUGAUCCCCUCUUCAGCAGUCAUGGCGGAGAGAAGUAACAGCAGCUGGCUGAGGAAUCUGGUGUCCUUUUCUUCUGAUCCUAAAUCCUUCUUACUAAACGUAGCCGUGGAAGGCUUUGUGGACGAUCUCUUAAAAGACCUUAAUAGUGAAAGUCUGAAUGAACAAACUAAGGUUUCCAUGCUGAAUCUCUUUCUAGAAUUUCCAACACUUCUGUGCCCGGACAAGACAUCAGGCGAGGUCACCACAGAGAUCCUGCUGAAUAUUUUACAACAGAUGUCUCCAUCAUUGAAGGGUAUAACCUUAAGAUGCCACCUACUGCUAGCAAUCGAGACCGUUUUGAUUACCACUGAUAACUUCAAUGGGAAUUGCAAAACCGCACAAGAGUUUGCCUCGCUGCUAAUGCAGAUCAUAUCGGACAUCAAUGACAAGAAGCAGGGGGCGGUCAACAGGCCUCUACGUACCGUGGCUUGUGAAUGCCUGCGAGAAUUGGAAAAUUGCUACCCUGGGCUCCUUUCUCAGAGACUGGAGCAGUUAUACGCCCUGCAACAGCAAGAGGUUACCAGUGCACAUCAAUCGUACACGAUACUGUACAGCAUAGCCUUAAAGAAUGCCAUACAUCUCUUGGCGCAGAAAGAUGGACCUUCUAAUGGAGCCCUCAAGCAGAUACUGAUGAGCAAUGACAGCUUCCUGUGGAAUGCUACAAAAGACAUGAAGGAAUUACGACCAGCAUCAGGUGAGCAACUGUUCCUGCUCCCCUCCAACAGCGAGACGAAAGAACUAAAAUCCAUGCUGGCUCUGUUAUUAGAGGACUCCUAUCUCCUGACCUCGGUGUGCCAAAACACCCUGUUCUGGCAAAUCAUACAGGUGGUGGCCAUGGUUAGGACUAUAUCCCCUGCCAUCUUUAAAUCGCAGUUGGUACGACUAUUUGGCACAAAGGACAUAUCGUGUUUUCACAGUAUCUUGCAGAUGAAGGCGGUGUUUACAGACAGUCUGUUCACAGCGGAGGAUGAGCACUUCCUCCUUCAGAGGCUGGUGGGCAUGACUCUGCACCCGUUGCUCUCUACUCCCGUCAAGUUAUUCUAUUUAGAUUGCUUAUUGCACUUUCCAGAGAACAGACCCCUCAAUUCUAACCCUGGUGAGAAUCUGCCUGUUCUGCUGACCGUCCAGAUGACCGCAUCCCUGUUCCCCAACAUCUUCAAUGAUAGCCACACAAUGCUCUGCAGACAGAACCUAUUAAGCAUGGUUUAUCUUGAAAAUGAAGGGUUUCAUGCCGAGAGGGGCAUAGGAUACUUAUUUGAACACCUCAUGUCCCUGUACAGCAUGGUGGACAAAAACGCCAGCAGGGAGACUACUGCCACUUUUUUCCGUGCAGCCUACCUAUUCGUGCGAUAUUUUCAUUUUUGCGAGAAGUACAUGGAGAAUCUGACUAGAAGCCUCUUAGACCUUUAUGAGACCAAUAGCACUUUAGCCCCUUAUUUUAUAAACUUGAUAAAUCAAACGCAAGUCCUGCUGGAAUUUCAGGCUUGGCCAGUCUCCCUGGCCAGAGCUUUACAAAGGCAAAUAGUGGAACUUCCUGUGGAUCAGAUGACCUUGAAGAACCUUCCAUGGCAUCUUAAGGUUCUUUCCAGAGUAGCUCAAGAGAAUACAGUUCCACAGACAUGUACAGUUAUGUUCCUAAGGAAAGUGGUGACUCAGUCUGAUCUGUGUCUUAAGGGAGUCUGGGGACUGGGUAACGCUCUGCUUUCUGUGUGCAAGCAUGUUCUCCAGCAUGAACAUCUCAAUAAGGUGUUCAUGUCUUUGGCAGAUCUGUUACAAUAUCUAAUGCAUCAUUUUGAAGACAUUGACAUCCAAGACCGAUCACGGUUGUAUUACAUUCUCCUUACCAAUGUUUCCAGCGACAAGCUUGGGAAAAUCCUCAACAUGUCGCCUACUGGUGGCCAGACCAAAGCAAGAUCCUUGUCUUCAAUUAUGACUGAAAGUGAGAACUUCUCCACCUUAUUGACUAUUCACAAUACAGAGAAGACAAUUCUCCAGCUAAGCCCAGUGGAUGAUCAUACAAAGAUUUUUCCAUCUGAUCCAGGAGCAUCUUUCGAGGAGAAUAAAGAGACCGAAUACACCAUCAAAGAACAUUACCAACAUCUUGCUGAUCAUCAAACUUCCUUACUUGCAUUGAAGUAUCACAUGAGUAUCAAAGCAAACAUUGAAGAAAAGUACCAGAAAUUAUUCUGUAUUAUACUCCAAUUUGACUUAACGGAUGGUUUUUAUGAACCAAUAGGUGAUAUCAUUGUUCCAUGCCUCUACAUGGGUCGAAAGGCACCUGUGGUCACGGUCAACUUGGUCCCGAAGGACCCCUAUCCAUCCUACUUAAUUGUGAAUGCCACAUUUAGCACCCAAGAUGGACUGACUUAUCAUACACGACUUGACCCACUACCCGUAUCCUUUCCAGAACUAUUUGUCCCAUUCCCUUCUCCCGCAUCUUGCCAUCUGUUUUACACACUUUGGAAUGCUUUAAAGUCAGAUGACCUGAAGGACAACGAAGAAAGCAUAUUCUGCUACAAGAUGUCAGAAUCAUCUCUUCAUGACGUUGUGCUGUCUUAUUUUUCCAAAUUUGUUGUGUCCCAUCAGGGUCAUGAGUACAAAAUUGGUCUAGUUCUUCCUCCGAGGUUCCACAUAUUGAUGUGUGCCCAAGUUCAGGAUGGCACUGCACAGUUUCAUAUUAGAACUGAUAACUGGAAACUACUGCCACAUAUGAACGCUCACCUUCUGGAUGUGUCCGCUAAGACGUGAUCAGAGACAUUGCUCCUUUGGUGAAUUAAAAUGUGUCUGUACGGCUGAUGCUGGCUACUGCGUCCACCUCAGAGCUUGUACUUCUACAAUAGAUUUUCUAUAGAGCAGAGAUUUUAUGUCAUAUAAAGAAAUAUAUAUCUAAAAAAAAAAAUCAGUAAAUUUUAUAUUUUUGGUAACGUGUACUAGUCACUGGAUUUUAAAU